AAUGCUGAAGCCUUCCCUGAAGGCAGCUUUCAAUUUCCUCAUGGUGAAAGACCAGAGUAUCUGGAUGAUCAAGCAGCACACAGGUCUCUUCCAAAACAUCGUUUUAUGACUGAUGGACACUCCCCUUUACAAAGAGACGGAACAGGCUCUUUUCUUCUGGAUCUUCCAAACUUUCCAGACCUCUCCAAAGCAGACAUUAAUGGUCAGAAUCCAAACAUUCAGGUUACAAUUGAAGUAGUCGAUAGUGCUGACACAGAUCCAGAAAAUGAAAUGCAAAAGGAGAGCAAGGCCAGCUGGCCGGUUCCAUCACCAGACUGGAGGAGCUGGUGGCAGAGGUCGUCAACAUUACCCAGGAUAAAUUAUGGAGGCCAAGAUUACAAAUAUGACAGCACCACUGAGGACAGCAACUUUUUAAAUCCUCUGGGUGGAUGGAACAGACAAGGGCUCAGCCACCGCACAUUUGAUCUGAAAGAACAGCCAGAAUAUGACUAUGCUGAUGGAGAAGGGGAUUGGAGCGCCUGGUCGGUGUGCAGCGUCAGUUGCGGCAGCGGGAAUCAGAAACGUACCAGGUCUUGCGGAUACGCCUGCACAGCCACAGAAUCCAGGACGUGUGAUAUGCCAAACUGCCCAGGGAUUGAAGACACAUUCAAAACAGCAGCAACAGAAGUAAGUCUACUUGCAGGAAAUGAAGAGUUUAACGCUACAAAGUUGUUUGGAGUUGAUACAGACAGUUGUGAACGUUGGAUGAACUGCAAAAGUGAAUUUCUCAAAAAGUAUAUGCAUAAAGUUGCCAACGAUCUUCCAAGCUGUCCUUGCUCAUACCCAACGGAAGUAGCUUACAGCACGGCUGAUAUAUAUGAUCGUAUUAAAAGGAAAGAGUUUCGAUGGAAGGAUGCAAGUGGUCCAAAGGAGAAACUUGAGAUCUAUAAGCCCACAGCAAGAUAUUGCAUUCGUUCAAUGCUGUCAUUGGAAAGUACUACUUUAGCAGCUCAGCACUGCUGUUUUGAUGACAGCAUGCAAUUGAUCACAAGGGGUAAAGGAGCAGGUACCCCUAAUCUCAUCAGCAUUGAGUUUUCUGCAGAACUUCAUUACAAAGUGGACAUCUUACCCUGGAUCAUGUGCAAAGGAGACUGGAGUCGAUACAAUGAGGUUCGUCCACCAAACAAUGGCCAAAAAUGUACUGAUAACCCCUCAGAAGAAGACUAUUUAAAGCAGUUUCAAGAAGCUAGAGAGUUCUAA